AAUGCUCACAUGAGAAUCAAGUCAUGUGGAACGGAAGUGUUACGAAAUACACACAAAAUAGGAAGUUAUAACAUAAGAAAUCAAAAGUGUUUACGAUGAAGUGUUAAGGAUUUGUGGUGAUAGGAGUAUAACUAUUUCUUUAACAAUAAGUGGAAGACGGAAUGAGCGACCAACCCCCACCGUACGCGGAAAAGGGCACCGCCCCUCCCCCAAACGAGAACACUCCGAUAUCCGUUGGCGCGCCCCCGACUACGGUUUACGUGCAGCCACAAGCGUUCGUCGUGCAGCACUUCCGGGAGGUUCCCCUGCGCAUGCGCUGCAUGUUUUGCCAGGCGGACGUGGUUACCUCCACCUAUUUUGAGAACGGCACCCUCACCUGGCUCGCCUGCUUUCUGAUAUUCCUCUUUUUUCCACUAGGCUGCUGUCUGAUUCCGUUCUGCAUGGAACCCAUGAAAGACGUAGUUCACAGGUGCCCCAACUGUAACCAACAGGUUGGAAGGUUCAACCGGAUGUGAUAAGCAAACGUCAUGCAUAUGAUAAUUAUACGAUGAUUUGUUUAAUGCGGAAGUUUGGUUCCUUUAAUGUCAUUUUGCAGGAUUUCUAUGUAAAUAGUCGAUGUUCAGAAAGAUUCAAUAGUGAUUUAUCACCAUAAGAUUUCAGAGUACUUGAUUUUGUUACGUUGAUCUUUGUUUUUUAUAUUUUUGUUGUUGCUGUUAUUGGUUAGUUGUUGUUAAAUUUGCAUAAUAAGAAGUAUACAUAUGGCCUGAAUACAGUAGUUAUAUUGUUUUUUUUACUAAAUAUACGCACAUACACUCUAUUUUGACCAUUGUGUUGGUUUAUAUUUUGGAAAAAGAAGAAAAAAACUGGUUGCAUUUAGCCCCACUGCUAACCUUAUGACUUAUAGCAAAACUUGUGGAUAACCUUGGACAAAGAUGGAGAAUUUUGUCCAAAGUGCUUUUCUUCACAGCGACCUUCUGAGAAUAAUGUAAUAUAAUUGUUCUUGAAUUAUUACAAAUUCUUCCAAUAUAACAAAAUGUGUUCAUAUGUUUCAUAAAACCUGAUGUAAUCAUCUGUCGCCGUUAUUGUAGCGCAUACAGUCUCGCCUGCAGACCGAGAGGCCCUGCUGUCGGUGUAACAUUUCUUGAUUGUUAUUGUUUGUUAUUGUCUUUUUGUGAAUAUUGUUAUGAAACUAAUAUCAUAUUUAAACUUGUAUCACAUUUGAUUUUUGUUGGUUUUUUUCCCAAAAUUUCCAUACAGAAUAACAGUUGACAUUUUUGACAUAACAUUACAGCCAAUGUGCUUUAUAUUCAAAGGUGAAGCAAAAGUUUAAUUUUUAUUGUUUUAUCCUUUGCUAGAAGGAUUUUCAAUAGAUUUCGAGGAUUGGAUCAUUUAUAUUUUACCAAUGUUUUUAAGUUCAGUGGUGUGACAUAAAUCACUCUUGUAUAUAAAUAAACAAUGAAACUCUG